UUUCUUUCUAAGUUCUCAAAUAUACUAUAUAUAUAUAUAUAUAUUCUUAUUCAUCGGUGUGUCACAACUCAGAAAGGAAAGGGUACCAUAUUUUAGGGCUAAAUUUGAACAAUGGUGGGUGUAAUAUCCUUGAUAACAGGGAUGGCUGGUCCAAGUGGGUUUGGAUCAGCUUCAACUGCAGAGCAGGUUACUCAAGGAAUUGAUGCUAGCAACCUUACCGCAAUUAUCACAGGAGGAGCAAGUGGUAUAGGGUUGGAGACAACAAGAGUGUUGGCUCUUAGGAAGGUCCAUGUUAUCAUUGCUGCAAGAAACAUUGAAUCUGCAGAGGAAGCCAAACAACAAAUAACACAAGAGAACAAAUCUGCACGAGUGGACAUAAUGAAACUUGACCUAUGCUCAACAAAGUCUGUCCGAUCAUUCGUCGACAACUUCAUUGCUCUUGAUCUUCCUCUCAACAUCUUAAUAAACAAUGCUGGAAUAAUGUUCUGCCCCUUCAAAAUCUCAGAGGAGGGAAUUGAGAUGCAAUUUGCAACAAACCAUCUUGGCCAUUUCCUCUUGACAAAUCUUCUUCUUGACAAAAUGAAACAAACUGCAAAAACAACUGGAAUAGAGGGGAGGAUCAUAAAUCUAUCAUCAAUUGCUCAUAGAUACACUUACUUUAGAAAGGGGAUUAAAUUUGAGAAGAUCAAUGAUAAAAAAGGUUAUUCUAGCAAGAAGGCCUAUGGACAGUCCAAGUUAGCCAACAUAUUACAUGCAAAUGAACUCUCUCGUCGCCUGCAGGAAGAGGGAGUGAACAUCACAGUCAACUCUGUCCACCCAGGAGUGAUAAUGACUCCUCUUAUGAGAUACUCUUCUUACACAAUGCACUUGUUGAAGAUCUUCAGCUUUUACAUAUGGAAGAACGUCCCACAGGGAGCUGCCACGACAUGUUAUGUUGCACUCCACCCAAGUGUAAAAGGUGUAACUGGGAAGUACUUUGUGGAUUGCAAUGAAUUCAAGCCAAGUGCAUAUGCAAAAAAUAAACUCUUAGCAAAGAAACUUUGGGAUUUCAGCAACAAGUUGAUCAAUUCAAUUUCAAAAGCUUGAUUGACCACACUUUCUGUUUGGUUCACCACUUUAUUAUAACCUAUUAUUAUAUGCCAUACUGUGUUAUAUACUAAGCUGCACGUUUAUUUACUGUUAAAGUUAUUGUUCUAUGAGGAUGUUUCCAAACACAUGUGUUAUUGUGAUGUGGAAUUUCUGAUCAUAUUUAUUUUA